GUGGCGGGGAAACUCGCUCGUUAUUUGUGGCCAGAUUUUUCUUUAGGGACUGUGUUCCUUUUCUUUUGCUUCUUCGCUACUACUCUCUCUCUCUCUCUCUCUCUCUCUCUGUUGUCUCGAAAGAUUCCUAGAUCGUGCCUUCACCAUGUCUACUCCUAGCAUCAAGCUCAGCAGCGGCUACGAGAUGCCCCUCGUGGGAUUUGGCCUCUGGAAGGUCAACAACGAUACUUGUGCCGACCAAGUCUACAACGCGAUCAAGACUGGCUACCGCUGCUUUGACGGUGCUUGCGAUUAUGGUAAUGAGGUUGAGGCUGGCCAAGGUGUUGCCCGGGCCAUCCAGGAAGGUAUCGUGAAGCGGGAGGACCUGUUCAUCGUUUCCAAGCUGUGGAACAGCUUCCAUGACGGUGACCGGGUGGAGCCUAUUGCUCGUAAACAGCUGGCAGACUGGGGUAUCGAUUACUUUGACCUGUACAUCGUGCACUUCCCCAUUGCGCUGAAAUACGUGGAUCCCUCGGUGCGCUAUCCCCCGAGCUGGACCUCGGAGGACGACAAGCUCGAGCUCAGCAAUGCCAGCAUCCAGGAAACCUGGACGGCCAUGGAGACCCUGGUCGACAAGAAGCUUGCCCGCAGCAUUGGCGUCAGCAACUUCAGCGCCCAGUUGGUCAUGGACUUGCUCCGCUAUGCUCGCAUCCGCCCUGCCACCCUGCAGAUCGAGCACCACCCUUACCUGACCCAGACUCGCCUGGUUGAGUACGCGCAGAAGGAAGGCAUUGCGGUGACCGCCUACUCCUCCUUCGGUCCCCUCAGCUUCCUGGAGUUGGACCUGAAGGAUGCCCACAGCACCCCUCUCCUGUUCGAACACCCCGUCAUCACCGAGAUUGCCACCAAGCAUGACCGCACUCCCGCUCAGGUCCUGCUCCGUUGGUCCACUCAGCGCAACAUCGCUGUUAUCCCCAAGAGCAACAACCCCACCCGUCUUGCUCAGAACUUGGAUGUCACUAGCUUCGACCUUGAGGCUGGCGAGAUUGAGGCCAUCGCCGCUCUUGACAAGAACUUGCGGUUUAACGACCCCAUCGCCUACGGCCUCUACGUCCCCAUUUUCUAAGCUUCUACAUGAUUGGUUCAUAUGUCCAUAUCCAUGAAGAUUUUGAUGUUAUGAAAGUUGCGAUUUCUAGUAUAUAGUUACGCCCUUUGAGCAAUGAAUAUAAUCCUGUCAA